GGCGGCAGUAGCCGCUGCUGCCCCGCCUUCCAAGGCGACGGCCGCUGUUUGUUGUUCCUCUUGCCACGCUGUAAAAAGCAACCCUUGCCCCAAAGAGGUAGCGGUCCUCCGAAAAUAAGAGGCGUACCCGGCAUCCAGCACCGGGGAUGGCCGCUUCAGCAUCUGUCGGAGGCUGGAGGCUCUUUUUUUUCCCGUUCGCUCCGUGUUCCUCCUUCAUGCAAAAAAGAAAAAGCCUGAUCUGAACUGGAGUCGAAUGUCAUGGGAAACAAUGCUGUCAGCCUGGAGCAUUUUCAUUUCAGUCUUUAACUGGGCGAUGAAUUGAACCUCCUCCCUUAAAACGUGGAUUGGAUUGGGUUUUUUUUUCCUUAGUGACGUGGAUUGUUUCCCCCAGGCCACUUUAGGAGCUAAGGGGUGGGUUUUGCUGAGGUUUCAUAUUCAGCAGUGCUACCUGCAAGAUGCUCUUACUGAAGGUUUUAAAUUUUGGGAGGCUCUAGAGGGAGGAAUGGGGCCAAAUAACUGCACACUACUAUUCUGUAGGAUAUUUGUGUAUGUGCAUGUAUACACACACAUGUGUGUAUGUGAAUAGUGUUUCAUCAUAUGCCAACAAUAAAAGGCCUAUUUGAAAGCACUGUCCUUCAUUCAAUGACUAUUUUAUAUAUUUAAAAGACUGUUUCUGGGUAAUUCGUAUAUAACUGCAUAAUUAGCCUUCAUGAACAUGCAACUCACAGAUCAGUAAAUCAAAAUCAUAUUACAGCCCUAGCCUAGUAUAAGAAGAGUGGGAUAUAAACAAUUUUAAAAGGAGCUUUAUUUCAAGACCCUUGCUAAGCAAAAACAAAAAGAAGUAAUGGAGAAGAAUGGAAAUAACCGGAAACUUCGAGUUUGUGUUGCUACAUGUAACAGAGCAGAUUAUUCAAAAUUGGCCCCAAUUAUGUUUGGCCUUAAAACAGAACCACAGUUCUUUGAACUGGAUAUUGUGGUUCUGGGCUCUCAUCUGAUUGAUGACUAUGGGAAUACCUACCGUAUGAUUGAACAAGAUGACUUUGACAUCCACACCAGACUACAUACAAUAGUAAGAGGAGAAGAUGAAGCAGCUAUGGUAGAAUCCGUUGGUCUUGCCUUAGUCAAGUUGCCCGAUGUGCUCAAUCGCCUGAAACCUGACAUAAUGAUAGUCCAUGGAGACCGGUUUGAUGCUUUAGCGCUAGCUACAUCUGCUGCCUUAAUGAACAUUCGAAUUCUUCACAUUGAAGGUGGAGAAGUCAGCGGGACCAUAGAUGAUUCCAUCAGGCACGCCAUUACCAAGCUGGCUCAUUACCACGUGUGUUGCACAAGAAGUGCAGAACAGCAUUUGAUCUCUAUGUGUGAAGACCACGAUCGCAUCCUUCUGGCAGGAUGCCCUUCGUAUGAUAAGCUGCUGUUUGCCAAAAAUAAGGAUUAUAUGAGCAUUAUUCGGAUGUGGUUAGGUGAAGACGUGAAGCCAAAAGAGUAUAUAAUCGCUUUACAGCAUCCUGUGACCACAGACAUAAAACAUUCUGUAAAGAUGUUUGAAUUGACUUUGGAUGCCCUCAUCUCUUUUAACAAGAGGACUUUGAUUUUAUUCCCAAAUAUUGAUGCAGGGAGCAAAGAAAUGGUUCGGGUAAUGAGGAAGAAAGGUAUUGAACAUCACCCAAAUUUCCGUGCAGUAAAAAAUGUUCCCUUCGACCAGUUCAUUCAGCUAUUGGCUCAUGCAGGCUGCAUGAUUGGGAACAGCAGCUGUGGCGUACGAGAAGUUGGGGCCUUUGGAACUCCUGUCAUCAAUCUUGGAACCCGUCAGAUAGGGAGAGAAACAGGCGAGAAUGUCCUGCACGUGCGGGAUGCUGAUUCCCAAGACAAGAUACUUCGAGCUUUGCACAUCCAGUUUGGGAAACAAUACCCUUGUUCAAAAAUAUAUGGUGAUGGAAAUGCUGUUCCAAGAAUUCUGAAGUUCCUUAAAUCUAUUGACCUUGAGGAACCCCUUCAAAAGAAAUUCUGCUUCCCCACUGUAAAAGAAAAUAUUUCCCAAGAUAUUGAUCAUAUCUUAGAAACCCAGAGUGCACUGGCAGUGGAUCUGGGUGGAACGAAUCUCCGAGUAGCAAUUGUCAGCAUGAAGGGUGAAAUUGUUAAGAAAUACAUACAACUGAACCCUAAAACGUUUGAGGAUAGAAUAGAAUUGAUCCUUAAGAUGUGUAUAGAAGCUGCCUCAGAAGCAGUAGAUCUGAAUUGCAGAAUUCUGGGUGUAGGCAUUUCUACCGGUGGAAGAGUAGAUCCUCGAGAAGGUGUUGUUCUUCAUUCCACAAAACUUAUUCAGGAGUGGAACGCUGUUGACUUACGGACACCAAUAUCAGAUGCCCUGCAUUUGCCAGUCUGGGUGGAUAAUGAUGGCAACUGUGCAGCUUUAGCAGAAAGAAAAUUUGGACACGGGAAAGGAGUGGAAGACUUUAUAACCGUUAUCACUGGCACAGGUAUUGGUGGUGGAAUCAUUCAUCAAAAUGAAUUAAUUCACGGUAGUUCUUUUUGUGCUGCUGAACUUGGGCACAUUGUGGUAGCAAUGGAUGGACCCGAGUGCCUGUGUGGGAACCAUGGCUGCAUAGAGGCAUAUGCUUCUGGAAUAGCUUUGCAGAGAGAAGCUAAGAAAUUACAUGAUGAGGAUUCAUUAUUGAUUGGAGAUAUGUCUAUGAAAAAAGAAGAUACAAUAACUGCUGCACAUCUUAUUCAGGCAGCUAAACUAGGAAAUUCAAAAGCUGACAAUAUUGUUAGAACAGCAGGAACAGCCCUGGGCCUUGGAAUUGUUAAUGUUCUGCACACCAUAAGUCCUUCCCUGGUUAUACUUUCUGGUGUCUUGGCAAGUCAUUAUGUCAAUGUUGUCAGAGAUGUGAUCCGUCAGCGAGCGUUAUUUUCUGUCCAAACAGUGAAUGUGGUUGUCUCAGACCUGAGUGAUCCUGCACUGCUUGGAGCCGCUAGCAUGGUUCUGGAUUAUACAACACGCAGGAUAUACUAAACACCGGGGAAUAAAUAGAAAUCCUUAUGAAGUUUGUAACAGGAAAAAUAUUUCCUACUGAUGUUGGGGUUUUUCGUUGUUUCAUAUGGUUUUAUGGAAAUCUCACCAUAAAAAUUGUUCCCAUCCACCCUUCCUUUAUUUAAUUUCUAUUUUUAUAUGCUGGAAUAUCACUAGAAACACAGCUCAGAAGACGACUCUCUUGUAGACAAAAUGAAAUUAAACACUUCUUGGGAGCUACAGAUUGUAAAAAAGAAAACAACGUACUUCUUCCUAAUGUAUUUUCAAACUUUUUCUCAGUAGGUGGUAAUUUUGGUAACCUUUGUUAAGCAAAGAAGAACUAUCCCUGACAGAUAUAUGUAAUCAUUUCCAUCUCUGCAGAGAUGGGCAGGUAUGAUCUCUGUGUGAGAGAAAUUGGAAACAUGUCAUGGUAAAAUACCACAUUAUAAUGUGAUGAUCAAUGAGUUCAUUAAUUAGAAUACAAUCUUCUUAGGAUACAUGUUCAGUUUCAAAGUGCUUUUCUUUCAGAAAUGCCCUUCAGAAAUACUGAAGUACAGAAUCAUCAUAACUGACAAAUUAUGUUGGCCAGUAGUUACUGCAGCUGGAAACCCCAUAAAAGGCAAAGGUUUGGAGACAUAUAAUGUUGCUAGGAUGGAAAAGAGUAUAAAAUGUAUGCUUUGUCUCAGUUCUCAGUAGUAAUAUUUUAUAUACCUCCUCUGAAUUGUGAUUCCUACCACCUUGUUUUCAUGUUCUUUGGUUUUCAGUCAGUCUUUCAUGUUUUGGAAUUAAAGUGUCAGUUGCACAAGUCAUUAUGCUUUCAUUAAUUGAUCCAGUUUGCUAGAUAUCUGGCUGAAGAGAUAGAUCUGGUUAGCUUGGGGCUUGAGAAAACAUUGGCUUUUUGAAUCAAAUCCAUAUUUAAUCUGGCUUUCAGAAAUCUGUCAGACAUGUUUUUGUUAGCCUCACUAUGCUCACCAAGUCCUACUUUAAAAAAAAAACAUACUGUGGUUUUACGGGCAUUUGAUUUGUGCUUACAAAACCCAGAUAUAUAGAAAGUGAAUAUAGUGGAUCAUAUAUUAGAGAUUUUGGAAGCUAGAAAUUCCGAACCUCAUAGUGUGCUUAAGGCAACUUUCAGUUCUUUAUGCGGUUAUCAUAGAAAAUAGUGCAAGGUUGUAGUACUUGGGAACCAUUUAUGUUUGAAUUUGGAGGCUUUUGCCUCCAAUGUGGGUCCCCCUCCUCCUAUUUUAAAGGCAUGUUUUAAAACAAAAACAGCAUGAUAGGAUAGCAGCAAUAACAGAAUUGCUUUAGGAAUCUAUAUCUACCAGAGUAACUGCUUUCAUUUGUAGUAUGUAUAAGUGCAUCUGAUUCUUAUAUUUGAACACUUUGGGAUCUAAACAAUUAAAGAUACUUGAUUAGAACUAUU